AUGGGGACAAGAGAAACGGCAAUGGAGACAAUAGAAACGGAAAUGACGACAAGAGAAACGGAAAUGACGAUAAGAGAAAUGGAAAUGGGGACAAGAGAAACGGAAAUGGCCAUGAGAGAAAUGGAAAUGACGACAAGAGAAAUGGAAAUGGCGACAAGAGAAACUGCGAUGGAGACCAGAGAAAUGGAAAUGACGACAAGAGAAACGGAAAUGACGACAAGAGAAACGGAAAUGACGACAAGAGAAAUGGAAAUGGCGACAAGAGAAACGGCAAUGGAGACAAUAGAAACGGAAAUGACGACAAGAGAAACGGAAAUGACGAUAAGAGAAAUGGAAAUGGGGACAAGAGAAACGGAAAUGGCCAUGAGAGAAAUGGAAAUGACGACAAGAGAAAUGGAAAUGGCGAUAAGAGAAAUGGAAAUGGCGAUAAGGGAUAUGGAAAUGAAAGAAACGGGAAUGGCGAUAGAAACGGAAAGAGAAAUAUAG